AUGAUGUCCAUGAACAGCAAGCAGCCUCAUUUUGCCAUGCAUCCCACCCUACCUGAGCACAAAUACCCCUCCCUGCACUCCAGCUCGGAAGCCAUCAGGAGAGCCUGCCUGCCGACUCCGCCGCUGCAGAGCAACAUCUUCGCCAGCCUGGACGAGACCCUGCUGGCGCGGGCCGAGGCGCUGGCGGCCGUGGACAUGGCGGUGUCCCAGGGCAAGAGCCACCCGUUCAAGCCGGACGCCACCUACCACACGAUGAACAGCGUGCCCUGCUCGUCGGCGCCCACGGUGCCCCUGGGGCACCACCACCACCACCACCACCACCACCACCACCACCAGCCGCCGCCCCCUCCUCCUCCCCCUCCUCCCCCUCCUCCUCCCCCUCCUCAGCCGCUGGAGCCGGCCGACCUGCUGGACCACCUGGGCUCCCCUCCGCUGGCGCUGGGGCACGACGACGGCGGGCACGACGGCGGGGGGCCCGGCGGGGGACCCGGCGGAGGAGGAGGAGCCGGCCCCGGGGGCGGCGGCGGUCCAGGGCAUCCUCACGGGCACGGGCUGGGCCCGCUGGCCCACGCGGCGGCGGCGGCGGCGGCGGCGAUGAACCUGCCGUCGGGGCUCCCGCACCCGGGGCUGGUGGCGGCGGCGGCUCACCACGGGGCCGUGGUGUCGGCGGCCGUGUCCGCGGCCGUGUCCGCGGCGGCGGCCGUCGCCGGGCAGGCGGCCGGCCUGGGCUCGUCGUCGCUAGGCGACGCCGACACGGACCCCCGGGAGCUGGAGGCCUUCGCCGAGCGGUUCAAGCAGCGGCGCAUCAAGCUGGGGGUCACCCAGGCCGACGUGGGCUCGGCCCUGGCCAGCCUGAAGAUCCCGGGCGUGGGCUCGCUCAGCCAGAGCACCAUCUGCCGCUUCGAGUCGCUCACCCUCAGCCACAACAACAUGAUCGCCCUCAAGCCCAUCCUGCAGGCCUGGCUGGAGGAGGCCGAGGGCGCCCAGCGCGACAAGCUGGCCAAGCCCGACCUGUUCAGCGGCGCCGAGAAGAAGCGCAAGCGGACUUCCAUCGCGGCGCCCGAGAAGCGCUCCCUCGAGGCCUACUUCGCCGUCCAGCCGCGGCCCUCCUCCGAGAAGAUCGCCGCCAUCGCCGAGAAACUGGACCUCAAAAAGAACGUGGUGCGGGUGUGGUUUUGCAACCAGAGACAGAAGCAGAAACGGAUGAAGUUCUCCGCCACCUACUGA